AGCAAACGUCAAAAUUUUGUCGGGAGCGCAUCAGCAGCAGUGAUUUUCCGUCGUUCUGCAUGUUUCGUUUUUCUUUUCGAUAAAAUAAGUGUUUUCGCGUUUAAUUCCACCCGCGAACCGGUCAUCCAGUGCGUGGUUUAUCGUACCGAAAGGGAAAUCUCGCCGUUGGCGAUGUAAUUCGGGGAAGAAAGAUGAUAACAACGGCACCAUUCCGCGGCGACGUAAGAUUGUGAUAACAAACAUUUUCAGGGCCCACUGCAACAAGAAGAAGCAGCAGCUGCUGCUGGGGGCAAUCGAAAAGUGCAAUUUUCUUCCGGAUCUGCGAUUCAACUUUGUUCGUCACAGCGUUGGCGAUUCCUUAUUUUUUGGGUCCGGAUGCAUCCCUUUCGGAAGCGCUCUUUGCUGCUAGUUUGCUGUAACCGUUGCUGAGCUGUUUCGUUUUCCGGAAGCAUCUCGGAGAGAAAAGAUCAAUCGAAAGCGGAGCAGGGAGGAAGAAACUCGUCAUCACAAUAAGCAGAAGAAGCAAGAGCUCCAUUUUCGAGAUGGAUCUGGUGGAUAUAGACAAGGUUUUGGACGAUUUGGAAUUGAAUGAGGACAAUACAUGCCGCCGCCCGACAGUGGUGGCACCAGCAAUUGCGGUUCCAACGGUGGAUAAUGGGGCAUCCAUCGAGCCCGGGAGAGAUUCACCAUCUACGAAACAAUCAACACCAGCCCCGACAUCAUCAUCUAGUGCUAAAAAUGUUCAGCAACCAGUACAGCAUACCCACGAAAACGGAACUCCAGGUAUCGGGGAAUCACCAUCUACCGUGGACAAUGGGUCCAACGUUUCCAAACUGAAGACCAACGUCGUCAAUGUGUCGACCGUUUUCAACAGUUUGAACGAAUACGUAAACGCGGGCUCGGAUUUGAACGAAAAACUUCAAAAAGUGAUUGAUCCACCAGUGGACAACCUCACGGCAGGAGUGGAUUUUGGCGCCAACGGCGAUAACAAGCCUCUCAUAUCGCCAUUAAGUUCCUCGAUUUCGGCCGAAUCUCAUACUUCUUCCUCGAUAGAAGGCGCUGAUGACGGUGUUGUUGAAGGUGAUGCAAGCGCCACAGCUGUUCGUCGACUUUCAACUUCCUCAACGGCAUCGAACAGUUCCGAACCACGAAAGCACCAUCGCCACAGAAGAAAUAGCAGCUACUCCUCGUCGGUGAGUGCCUCUUCAACAACCUCCUCGUCCUCCACUUCGACCAGCGACGGAGAGGAAGAGGACGAUGCCGAUGUGCAUGAACGGCUGAACGAGGGUCUCUCGUUGAGUGCCGGCGAUUACAUUUUGGAUUCUUCGGAGAAUACAACGGUGGCCACAACCAAUGAGGAGCAACCGGCAAGUCUGGUCGUCGCGGAGAAGAAACCCCAAGGCCCGAGCGAACAGCAAGACACGUCGGCGUUUUCCUACAAAAACAGUUUGUACUCGGACACGCUGAGCAACGACGUUAUCAACUUGGAAGGUAUCUCAUCGAUAUCCUCUAUCGUGGCGGUGGAUUUGACAAGUGCUGGACCCGGAGACAAUAAAGGUCAGGAGGAAACUUCUGUACCGGUGGAGCAACUCAACAAGAAAGAAGAUGUUGCGCUAGCUCAGCCGGAAGUGAUCGAGGAAGAAAGAACCGAAGUAAAGAGGGUGGUAGGAUUUGAAUCUACGAUGGAUGAUGUUUCGGAUACGGAAUUGGAAAGCUAUUUGCAAGAGUUGGAAGAGUAUGACAUGCAGCAGACCGUGGCACCCGGAUCGGCUAAUAUUACCCCGAAUGUGGUAGAAGCCGAACUUGUUUUGCAAGCAGUAAUAGAGAAACCGAUCGAAGAAAAGGAUCGAAAGGAUACCAUAAGUAUUGGAAGUCGCAAUAGUAUUGAUACCAAAAGCGAUGAGAGUAUUCCGGAGUCCAAUCGGGGAGAGAAUGACGAGGAUCUGAUUUCUCAAGCAUCUACGCUCGAAUUCAACGAACUGGCCGCAAUGCAAGCGGCAAAUAAUGGUGCCAAUGUAGUUGAUGACAUUGAAAUAGAGGACAUCCCCGAUAAUGACGUUCCCGAAUUUUUCGCCGAACCAGGUGACGAUGGAGGCGAGAUUAAAUUCAUCGACUGUACUGAAACGGAAUCGGCAAUGGUCAGAGAAGAUCUUCCCAUUGUAGAAGAAGCUAGAGCUGGUGCUGACAACGGUAAUGAGCGAGCUGAAACAGCUUCAGCUGCUGCAGCUUCAGAUCGAGCGCCAUUACCUAGACCAAAUUCUCUAGAACUGCCAACUCACGCGGAUACAUAUGCUGAUAAACAAAGCUCUCCUGGCCAUACACCUCCUUCGUCGGUAUCGCACGGGAUCGACUCCGAUCAAGGUCUCACUCUGUCCUCUACGAGCUCCGACGAUUUUGCACCAUCGAUUGCGAUAGUUCCAGCACCUCCUCCAUCGGCACCUCCAACAGAGCUGAGCGAUGAUCUCCUACAUGAAGCCAGCGGAGGUCAUCCAACUUUUCGCCCCACAGGUCCUCUCGCUUCCCAUCCGCAACUUGGCAAAAUACCUCCCUACUGGGUACCAGAUAACGCGACCAACUUCUGCAUGCAAUGUAACCAAAAAUUCUCCCUCAUCAAGCGACGUCACCAUUGUCGAGCGUGCGGUCAGCUCCUCUGUUCGGCGUGCUGCUGCCUGAAAGCCAAACUCGAAUACCUCGGCGAUGUAGAGCAACGCGUUUGCAUCAGCUGCGAUAUCAUUCUGAACCAGCAGCAGCAGGCACUAGAAGAAGCGCAGUACGGAUCUCAGUUCGCUAUUGCCGCCGGAGCAUCUGGAAUGUCCUCCGCGAGGCAGCCCAAUCCCAACAAUCCAAUGGAGUACUGCUCCACGGUGCCACCGUUUCAGCAGGCCACCAACCAACCCCAAUCGCCAAUCUCGGUGAUGGUUCCGGUGGGAGUGCUCAAACGAGCUGGAUCGUCUCGUACGGGGCGAAAGGAUAAAACGGUGAUUUUCAGCGAUGGCAUUCGACCCGGGUGCGAUUUGACCGAACUGGACGAGAACUGGGAUUCCCAGCCGAAAACGUCUCCCUCGAUUGUGCCGAGUGAUAAACGGAAAGGGCGCGUCCAAACACCGGUUGGCGAGGAACCCCCAUCUAUCUCGAGCACCAUCCAAUCGCUAAUACCCCAGGGCGAGAACAAGCUGCCACCGAUUGUGAAGCAGAUCACCAAAACCGAAACCAAGCACAUCGAUGUGGAUAACGACGCGGCGCUGAUAGCGAGCCUGCGCGACGGUACGCUAACCUUUGCGCUGCAACGCAACCUCCACGUGCUGGUGACAAUUGUGGAGCUGAGCUGCUGCAUCAACAAGACUGUGAUUAACUUUACCACCCGUGGAAUGCACUACGUUGGCCAGGACGAGAUUGUAAUUCUGCUGGAGCUGGGCGAUUCUGAGCUGCUGCCGAAAGAUAUCUUCGUACACUUGAACGAUAUCUAUCUGGAUGCGGACCGGGGCAACACCAUCUCCGAGCUGGGAUUCAGUCCACCGAGGAUGCCAAAUUUCCUCGGCUCAAAAAACCACGGCGGGUUCCUGUAUGUGAGGCCAACCUAUCAGUGUAUGCAGAAUGUGAUAAUACCGGAUGCGCCCUAUCUGGUGGGAGUUUUAAUUCACAGGUGGGAAGUACCGUGGGCAAAAAUAUUGCCACUUCGGCUAAUGCUACGGUUAGGAGCACUGUAUCGGUACUAUCCUAGUCCGCAUGUGAGUGUACGGGAAAGAGAAUCCGUUUAUGUGGAAAUUGCCCAAACGAUCAUAACUCUGCUGGCAGACUUUAGGAACUAUUCGUACACCAUUCCCACCAUUCGAGGCAUGGUAAUACACAUUGAAGACCGAAAGACGAGUAUUUUGAUUCCGCGGAAUCGGUACGAACAGGUAAUGAAAGUACUGAGCGGUACAAAGGACCAAACGAUUCUUGCCUUGGGGGGGAAUUUCAGCAAGGUAGCAGAUGGUCAUUUGGUGUGCAUUCAAAACACGGAUUCGGGUUGUCCGGAAACGGCGCAGUACUCGACACAGGCUAUCAAUAUCGAAGGACAACCGAGAAAAGUGACUGGGGCCAGUUUCAUGGUUUUGAAUGGAGUGUUGAAACCGAACAGUGGUUUGGUGGGUAAGUGUAGUAUUGUGGAGGACGGGCUAAUGGUGCAGGUUCCACCGGCCAAAAUGAACACCAUCAAGGAUGCAUUGAAGAAUAUGAAGGACUACAAGAUAGUAUGUGGACCUAUUGAAGGGGAAGACAGCCAGAAGGAGAUCGUCAGCAUCGAAUGGACAGAAAACGAUCUCAAUUUCAAUAUUGGGGUUCUCUCUCCAAUCGAUAAAAAGCCUCUCAAUGGAGUACCUAGCAUACGUGUGCACCGGGGAACUGACUAUUCCAAUGCCAAUCACAUUAUCCGAUGGACCGAAGUCUUCAUUAUUCAGGGUGAUGAAGAAUCGAACCAUCCUGGUGAUCCCAUCAACAUGUCGAAACUGUCGGAGCAGGUGGCGAAGAGCGCUUGUACGGCACUGGUUGCAUUUCUCGAUCUGCUAGCAUCCAACGGAUUCACCAAAAUUGGUCUGCGAAUAAUGUUGGAUUCGGAAAAUGUUUCCUACGAGGCGGGUAGCCAGUACAACAAGUUGGGUCCCCUGUACAUGAACGCCUUGGACAACGAAUUGAUAGGUACCCUGAACCGACAGGCCAACAGUUUACAUCUGGACCAGCAAAUCAUUAUCGAGUUAAUCUUUCACAUUCUGGACAAAUAGUCAUCCGACGAUGAAAUUUAGAUGGAGGUGUAUUGUAACGGCGUUCAAUUCUAUGUACCACGUAUAACUUCAUCCAGGUGGUUAGGGCUGUAGGUUCGGUUACAUAGAAAAGCAGUUUAACACGUUAGAUGACACAAUAUUAGCAAAGUGCAUGUAUGUAAAAUAGAAAUAUAGACUGUUGUUGCUAUUAUUAAAGAGGAAGAGUAUGGAUGGAAACCUGUGUUGAUACAACUAUUUACAAAACACGUAACAAUGAUUUGAUCUGUAGGAUAUAAGUUGCAAAAAGAAACAUAAAGUACUAGUAGGUUAUGUUUUAAUCAAUUGCGCGCAGUUAGGAACGAGAACGUUUUAUGUAAAAAAGUGGCAAGUGGCAAGCAAGGAGAGGAAUCUACUUAGGCAGAAAAAAAAACAAGAAGCGAAUCAAAGAUAAGCAACUUGUCUUUGUAUGAAUAUUUCAUGUAUUAUAGUUGAAUUAUUGGAAAAUUUAUUAUUGCUAUUAUAACCAACACAAUAUAUUUAUAUUUUAUUUAGAAAUUUUAAAAUAAACCAGAGCUAUUGGAAAACCGA